AUGUCCAACAACGCCGAGAAACAGUUGUCUGGGAACGAGGAGAAUCUCCCUCCGAAGCCACCGGCAUUCCCAGAAGGCGGAUUCAAAGCAUGGAUGGCAGUCCUAUCGUGCUGGUGUGUGAUGUUCAACACAUUUGGAUAUAUCAAUGCCUUUGGUAUCUACGAAGCAUACUACGGACAAACACUUCUCAAAGAUCAAAGUGACUCCAACAUUGCCUGGAUUGGCUCGCUGCAGGUCUUCUUCAUGUUUUCGGCAGGACUGGUCUCGGGGCCGCUGAUGGAUCUUUACGGGCCUAGGAUCAUCAUGAUCCCGUGUUCGCUACUCUUCAUCCUAUCAGUUAUGUUGACGAGCCUGUGCACGGAGUACUACCAGUUCAUCCUAGCACAGGGUGUCCUAGGAGGCAUCGCAAACGGCUUGACAUACACCCCCACGCUAACCGCCGUCAACCAAUAUUUCUUCCAACGACGCCCACUCGCCAUGGGAAUCGCAACCAGCGGAUCCUCGCUCGCCGGAAUCAUCUUUCCUAUCGCUCUGAACCGCAUGCUCAACCGCUCAGACCUCGGCUUCGGCUGGUCCGUCCGCGUCCUCGGCUUCAUCAUGCUCGCGCUCAGCAUCAUCGCCUGCGCCUCCAUCACCUCCAACGUCCCGCGCCGACGCACCGGCCCUCCAUUCCUGCUCGAAGCAUGGAAGCAUCCCGGCUACACCGUCCAAAUCAUCGGCCUGUUCCUCGUCAUCUGGGCCCUCUUCGUCCCCUUCUACUUCAUCCCCGGAUACGCCCAAUCCAUCUCCAUCAGCGUCGACCUCUCAUUCUACCUCAUCGCCAUCCUCAACGCCGGGUCCCUCGUCGGCCGACUCCUCGGCGGCGCCGUCGCAAACCACAUCGGUCGCUUCAACACCCUGUCCGGAGCGUCCAUUAUCUGCGGCAUCCUCAUCCUCUGCUGGCUGCGCAUCACCUCGCAAAGCGGGAUGAUCGCGUUCUCCGUGCUGUUUGGCUUCUUCAGCGGGACGAUCAUCUCGCUGUUCACGGCGACGAUUGCCAUGACGGCGCCGCAGCCGAACCAGAUCGGUUCGUAUAUGGGCAUGGCGCUGGGAGUGCUCAGUUUGGCGGGGUUGACGGGGACGCCGAUCACCGGGGCCAUGAUCAGUGCGUAUGGGAGCUACAAUGCGGCGAUUAUUUUCGCUGGGGUGGCGUCGGUGCUUGGGACGGGGAUUAUCUUUGUGGCGAGAGUGUUGUUUGUGGGGAUGAAGGUUGUUGCUUGA